GCUCGCCUAUACAAGGAGGAACAGCAGCUCAGCAGCCAUUACACUGCAAGAGCAGUUCGCUGUGAUCGUUCGAUAGUGUUAUUGGGAGAGCAGUUCCUUAUCGGAAGGCAGUCUUAUAAUACUGUCAGAAACAUGCAGAUCUUCGUUAAAACAUUGACUGGGAAAACAAUAACAUUGGAGGUUGAAGCCUCUGAUACAAUUGAAAAUGUGAAAGCCAAAAUUCAAGACAAAGAAGGGAUUCCUCCUGACCAGCAGAGAUUGAUUUUCGCUGGGAAACAACUGGAAGAUGGCAGGACAUUGUCAGACUACAACAUCCAGAAAGAGUCGACCCUGCAUCUUGUGCUGAGGUUGCGAGGAGGCAUGCAGAUCUUCGUGAAGACGCUGACUGGCAAGACUAUUACUCUUGAAGUGGAGGCAUCGGACACAAUUGAGAAUGUAAAAGCAAAGAUUCAGGAUAAGGAGGGCAUUCCACCAGACCAACAGAGGCUGAUCUUUGCUGGAAAGCAGCUGGAAGAUGGCCGAACAUUGUCAGACUACAAUAUUCAAAAAGAGUCCACACUACAUCUCGUCCUUAGGCUGAGGGGUGGCAUGCAGAUUUUCGUCAAAACGCUCACUGGCAAGACUAUAACAUUGGAGGUUGAAGCAUCUGAUACUAUUGAAAACGUCAAGGCAAAAAUUCAAGAUAAGGAGGGCAUUCCACCAGACCAACAGAGGCUGAUCUUCGCUGGAAAGCAACUGGAAGAUGGUCGCACACUGUCUGAUUACAAUAUUCAGAAGGAAUCCACUCUUCACUUAGUACUAAGACUGAGAGGUGGCAUGCAGAUCUUUGUUAAAACAUUAACUGGCAAAACAAUCACUUUAGAAGUAGAGGCAUCUGAUACAAUCGAAAAUGUAAAAGCAAAAAUUCAGGAUAAAGAAGGUAUCCCACCUGAUCAGCAACGUUUGAUUUUUGCGGGAAAACAACUCGAAGAUGGGAGAACUCUUUCAGAUUACAAUAUCCAGAAAGAAUCCACAUUGCAUCUGGUACUGAGAUUGAGAGGUGGUAUGCAGAUCUUUGUGAAGACUCUAACAGGGAAGACAAUAACCUUGGAAGUUGAAGCCUCGGACACUAUUGAGAAUGUAAAGGCAAAGAUUCAAGACAAAGAAGGAAUCCCACCUGAUCAACAGAGACUGAUAUUUGCUGGAAAGCAAUUGGAGGAUGGUCGUACCUUGUCAGAUUACAACAUUCAGAAGGAAUCCACUCUUCAUCUUGUCCUCAGACUUAGAGGAGGGAUGCAGAUUUUUGUGAAGACUCUCACUGGAAAGACCAUUACCCUGGAGGUGGAAGCCUCAGACACUAUUGAGAAUGUAAAGGCAAAGAUACAGGACAAAGAAGGUAUUCCACCAGACCAGCAGCGUCUGAUCUUUGCUGGUAAGCAGUUGGAAGAUGGGCGAACCCUGUCUGAUUACAACAUUCAGAAGGAAUCUACUCUGCAUUUGGUGCUUAGGUUGCGUGGUGGCAUGCAGAUUUUUGUUAAAACCCUGACAGGCAAAACCAUAACCUUGGAAGUGGAAGCAUCAGACACCAUUGAGAAUGUGAAAGCGAAGAUCCAGGAUAAGGAAGGCAUUCCACCAGACCAACAGAGAUUGAUCUUUGCAGGAAAGCAGCUUGAAGAUGGUCGCACAUUGUCUGAUUACAACAUUCAGAAAGAAUCCACACUGCAUCUUGUGCUAAGACUUCGUGGUGGUAUGCAAAUUUUUGUGAAGACUCUCACUGGUAAAACCAUCACACUGGAAGUAGAGGCAUCGGAUACAAUCGAAAAUGUGAAGGCCAAGAUUCAAGAUAAAGAAGGUAUUCCACCAGACCAGCAGAGACUGAUUUUUGCUGGAAAACAACUUGAAGACGGCCGUACAUUGUCUGAUUACAACAUUCAGAAAGAGUCUACACUUCAUCUUGUUCUCAGGCUUAGGGGAGGAAUGCAGAUCUUUGUAAAAACACUGACUGGGAAGACAAUCACUUUGGAGGUAGAAGCUUCUGACACCAUUGAAAAUGUUAAAGCAAAGAUACAAGAUAAAGAGGGCAUCCCACCAGACCAACAGCGUUUGAUUUUUGCUGGCAAACAGCUGGAAGAUGGAAGAACAUUGUCGGACUACAAUAUCCAAAAGGAAUCUACCCUACAUCUAGUGCUGAGGCUCAGAGGAGGUAUGCAGAUCUUUGUUAAGACCUUGACAGGCAAGACUAUAACUCUGGAUGUUGAAGCUUCAGAUACAAUUGAGAAUGUUAAGGCAAAGAUUCAGGAUAAGGAAGGAAUACCACCUGACCAACAGAGGCUUAUCUUUGCUGGGAAGCAACUAGAAGAUGGUAGAACUCUUUCAGAUUACAAUAUACAGAAAGAAUCCACACUACAUCUGGUGCUGAGGUUACGAGGAGGUAUGCAAAUUUUUGUGAAGACCCUGACUGGUAAAACAAUUACUUUGGAAGUGGAGGCAUCAGACACAAUUGAAAAUGUGAAGGCAAAAAUUCAAGACAAGGAAGGCAUCCCUCCAGACCAGCAGCGUCUGAUCUUUGCUGGUAAGCAGCUGGAAGAUGGGCGAACCCUGUCUGACUACAACAUUCAGAAGGAAUCUACUCUGCAUCUGGUGCUGAGGCUGCGUGGUGGUAUGCAAAUUUUUGUGAAGACUCUCACUGGUAAAACCAUUACACUUGAAGUAGAAGCAUCAGACACGAUUGAAAAUGUGAAAGCAAAGAUUCAGGACAAAGAAGGUAUUCCACCAGACCAGCAACGUCUGAUUUUUGCUGGUAAGCAGCUGGAAGAUGGGCGUACCCUGUCUGACUACAACAUUCAGAAGGAAUCUACUCUGCAUUUGGUGCUGAGAUUACGUGGUGGCAUGCAGAUUUUUGUUAAAACCCUGACGGGCAAAACCAUUACAUUGGAAGUGGAAGCAUCAGACACCAUUGAGAAUGUGAAAGCGAAGAUCCAGGAUAAGGAAGGCAUUCCACCAGACCAACAGAGAUUGAUCUUUGCUGGAAAACAACUGGAAGAUGGUCGCACUUUAUCUGAUUACAACAUUCAGAAAGAAUCCACACUGCAUCUUGUGCUGAGGCUACGAGGUGGUAUGCAGAUUUUUGUGAAGACCCUGACUGGUAAAACAAUUACUUUGGAAGUGGAGGCUUCAGACACAAUUGAAAAUGUGAAGGCAAAGAUUCAAGAUAAGGAAGGCAUCCCUCCAGACCAGCAGCGUCUGAUCUUUGCUGGUAAGCAGCUGGAAGAUGGAAGAACCCUGUCUGACUACAACAUUCAGAAGGAAUCUACUCUGCACCUUGUGUUGAGGCUGCGUGGUGGUAUGCAGAUUUUUGUGAAGACUCUUACUGGCAAGACCAUUACGCUGGAGGUGGAAGCUUCUGACACCAUAGAGAAUGUGAAAGCAAAGAUCCAAGAUAAGGAAGGCAUCCCCCCAGAUCAACAGCGACUUAUCUUCGCAGGCAAACAAUUGGAAGAUGGACGCACACUUUCAGACUACAAUAUUCAAAAAGAAUCCACCCUUCACUUGGUACUUCGUUUGAGAGGUGGAUAUUGAUAGAUGGAAAGUGUUCUCAAAUUUAAAGUUGACUGCAAAAAAUGUUUUAUGCCAAAGUAUUAAAUUUCUUAAAUUUUGAAUUUUUUUACUGUAAUGGUUGCUGAACUGAAUUUCUAAUAAACCUGUAUUUAAAUCGUUUGCUA